AUGGCAAACAUCAAUAAAAAUACAAUUGCCAUCGAUAACGAGGAUGCUGAAAAAAGAUUUUUCGACAGAUUGAUGUUUGAUUUAGAAAAUGGUGAAACAUACAGUACAUUUCAUAGCAAUCAACUUACAAAUAAGUCGUACAGAGAGAAAUUUUGUAACUAUUGUCGAAUUAGAAAACAAAAAGUUGGGGAACUUUUAAAACAUUUCAGUGUAAUAAACGGAAAAAAUGAUGAUAGAAAUUAUGAUGACUACAUUGAUUUUAAGAAACAGUAUCAUUUCUUUUCUCACCAAAUGCGAAGACCAUUCAUUGAGUCUGCAUGGGAAGGAUACUCUGAUAUUGUUGAGUUGUUAUUGGAGUUUAAUUUCGAUAUCAAUGAAAGUGAGAAAUUUGGACGAACGCCUUUGCUCGUUGCGUGUCUUUUAGGGAAAAAGAAACAUGAGGAAGUAGUAAAUUUCCUGCUGAAAAAUAAGGCCGACCAUUCGCUGUGUGAUAAAAACAAGCAGUCUCCGUUAUUGGCAGCUUCUAGAGGAGGAUACUAUAGUAUAGUUAAAGCGCUACUGCAACACAAUGCGGAUGUUAAUCAAUGCGACAUUAAAGGUAACUCGCCUUUAUUAGUAGCAGCUUCUGACAGUCCCUUGGAAACCGUUAAAAUAUUAUCAAGUAAAAUGACUGAUUUUUCGAAAUGCAAUAGUCUAGGACAAACGCCAAUUUGUGUUGCAUCAAUCCAUGACAGAGUAGACGUUUUGAAAUACCUCUUACCGUUUUGUAAUGAACUAGUUUCUAAACCUGAUAAUGAGGGUAGGUCUCCUCUGUUUAUAGCCUGUAAAAAGGGAUAUUUAGAAAUUGUUCAACUACUUCUCAGUAAUCAUGCUGAUGUUUCGCACUCUGACUGGUCUAAACGGUCGCCAUUAUUUAUUGCGUCUGCCAAAGGACACGAUGAUAUUGUCAACACUUUGAUACAAAAUAAAGCUAAAAUAAAUCAAUGCGACGAAGAAGGCAGAACACCGUUAUUCAUGGCAUCCGAUAAAGGACAUGCAUCAACUGUACAGAUUCUUAUUAAUUGUAAAGCUGAUUUAAACGCAAUGGAUAAUAGAAAGUGUACCCCACUAUUUGCAGCAUGUAGGCAAGGGUUUAUAGAUAUAGUUAAACUAUUAAAUGAAAACGGAGCUAACAUUACAGAGUGUAACAAAUGGAAUGCGUCACCUUUGUUUGCAGCAUGUAGACAAGGUUAUCUAGAUAUUGUAAAAUAUUUAGUAGAAAACGGCAGUAACAUUUCUGAUCCGGACAACUCUGGGACCACUCCACUAUCAGUAGCACACGAAAACGGCAAUACUGAAAUAGAAAACUAUUUGAUGAAAAAGAGCGAUGACUUUCAUCAGUCAAAUCAAUGUUAA